UUCCCCAUUUUAUUUUGAGAUCUUUCAUGCUAUAAAAUCAAUUACAUGUUCACUUUUUGCCCUGUAAAAGUCAAAGAAUGGUAAAAUGAAAACUACCCUUAUUACAGUGCAUAUACAUUUUUUUAACCUAUUACUAUAUAUGCUUAUAAAAGUUUGUGAUGAAUACUUAAAACUGAUAUUAUAUCGGUGUGUGCUUUUCAUUUGUUAGAUGGAAAAAUACCAGAUGGAAAAAAUGCCAAUGAAAAGGAAGCACUGGAUUUUCUGUCUUUCAGAUGACGUGGCAAGGACAAGAAUAGGAAAAGACCAUUUAGGAGCACAGUGAUUUUGUUCUGAGACCAGUACUCACAGAAUUUCUGCUUAAGAUUACAUAUUACAUUAUUAAGAGUCAGCAAGCCCCUGGACAAAAGCAAAAGUCUAUGCCUAGGAUGUGUGUACCCGAUUUGGAGACCACUGUUUUAGAGGUUAAGAUUAAACAGAGGGAGUGGGAUAUUACUAACUUGGCCCCUUGAAAACCAGAGUCAGAAAGAAAAACCUACGUACUGUUUUGGAAUUUGUAUUUCUUCUCUCAGAGAAAAGAACUUUUCAGUACAAGUAUCUUUGAUAUUCUGUAAUUUAACAAUAUAAUGAUAACAUGUUCUAAAGGAGUUGCUAAAAAUGACCGAAGAAGUUGCAAUCAAGAAUCCAGUGACCCCACCAGGAACAUCUGCACUCCAGGUAGAAGUGCGUUCAUCUGAUAGUACUUUCACUUCCUUGGUGCCAAUUUGGGAGAAAAAAAUACAGCUCUGAAGCAUAUACUGUUUUGGUAUAUUCAGACUAAAGAGGAGAAAAUUAGAGACUUCACUGGCACUGAAAAAAAAUCCUAAAUUCGUUAUGUAAGGGAAUCUUAUAAAAGAAGGCUUCUAUCAGGUAUUGAGUGAAGUAGGUAAGUUUUUUUAUAGAGAAGGAAAGACAAAUUGUUGUCCAAUUAUUUUUCACUGGUUGUUAGAUUCUCCCUUUGUAAGCAGGAAUCGUCACUACCUUUUUAGAAUCUUUUUUGCUGUCUCAUAAUCGUUCAAGAAUAACUCUAGGAGUGAAUACGGGUUGGAUUUUAUAUAAAAAAAAGUACUUACGACAUACUGAUGACCAAUUUUUGCUUCUACAGUUAAGGUUUUUUUUUAUUCUAUAUAAAAGAUUACUUAGAUUCUGAUUGGUCUUAGUAAAAUGUAUUAAUAUCAAAACAUCAGGACAGUUUCAUUUAUGUGGUUGCCAAAUAUUAUUUUACUCGAGAGAGGGGAGGUAGGCCAGUGGCUUCUCUUCCAGUUAAGUUAAAUAUGUAUUUGAAAUAGGAAGACUUCUGGUAUCUGGAAUGAAAUUAGAUUAGGCUGCAAGUUAAAUUAUUGCACUGUUGCUGGUUCCAUCAAACUAAGGAGUAUUGCUUCUUUUCGUGCCUUACAUGUAUUUGAAAGUGAGUAAUUUCCUUCAGGUUUUUAGCAUGAUAGGAGCAAAAUUCUGUUUUUAUUUUAACUUCCAUCCAGCAUGUAUAUAUAUUUAACUAUGCUGACUUUAUGUUUGAAAGGCAGAAAUACCCCCAAAUUUUUAUUCCUGAAGAGUAUUUAUUGGAAUGUGGUUCCGUUUAUGCUUUUAGUGAGGAACAUUGAAAUUGGAUAAGUGUCCGGUUUAUGUUAAAUGUUUGUUUUAUUAUGUUAUAAAUUCAACAUUCUCAAAAAAUUAAGCAAAAGAGGAUAGAUUAAUAGCUAAAGCAGGUGAAUUUAGGUAGUACUUUUUAGCAGUUUUGUUAAAAGUAAACAUUUUGAGAUUAAAAACAUUAAAGUGCUCUUUUCUAUUUUUGACUGAGGUAACCAUCACUAAAUUAAAAUUGAGUAACAAGACUUAAAUAACUGUUUAAUAUCUUUGAAAAUGUUAUUUUUAAGUUCUUUUUAUCUAGUAAUUCAUGGCUUAUUAAUCAAGUGCUGCUUAUAACUCAUUUUUUUCCUAGAUAUUUAUUACAAGAGCUGUUUGAGAAAUGUAAAAUUCUAUACAGAAGUCUUAAAAUCAACUUAAGAGAAACCUGAAUGUCGGUGAUGGUUUCUAGCAGAUAACUCUUGUAUAUUGGACUUGAAUUAUUAUAAUUUGGAUGAAAUGGAGCUCACAGUACAGUAAAUUCUGCUGUAUGCACAUCUGUGUUCUAAAUAUCACUGUGCUGUGCAUAAUUGAGGAAUAAAAAAGCCUUAAGGUUUAUGGGGAAAACAGGGUUAGAGACACAACACCAAAACUUUAACCAUUAUACACUUCAGAAUAAAAAUAGGAACCUAAUAAAAAGAGCACAGUUUUCCACAUAGUUAAAUGGUUAAUAAAUCUAUAAAUAUUACAAUAAAUAUGGCCUUAAAAAAGACCUGAAGGAUGCCUGUGGAAGUGGAUGUUGGCAGAGUUGUGCCUUGUGAGUUGCUGUGAAGGUGGAAGGAAGGACUGCUGAGAUCAGAGGGCAGGUUGUGACACCAGAUUUAGUGUAUGAGAAAUGUUAUGCCCUACAAUCCUGCCCUCUCCCCACAAAAAGGGGAAAAAAAGAGGAAAGUUAAGGAUAACCAUUAUUUCCUGAGGAGACCUAUUAUGAUGAUGUGUGUAGUACUCACCACACUCCCCAGCUUCAGCUUUUCUAUAGCAGUGACUGAGAUUCAAAAGAAUGUUAACGGUUCCACAGAUGUCUUACCUGACACCUUACCUGACCUGCCAGUCUCUCUGGUUCUGACUUCCUUGAUCGUGGUUGAUAUUAUUGAAAAACUCAGGAUAUAUUCUCUUAGAGGGAAGCAAAUGAGUGAUGAGAAUGGGCAAGUCCAUGUCACCACUUUGCAACAAAUAAAAACCGUGAUGGAUCAAGGGAAGCAAAAUGAAGGAAACCCUGUGCCUCCCCAGCCUGCCAAGAGGACCCAGUUAUCACAGCCACCAGUAGCGAUAACACAGAGCCCUGUCCCUGAGCUGGCAGGACCCCAGGAGCCCUCCUUCCAGUCAGGCAUCCUGAGAACAAUGUCCCGACAGGACGUUCGUGCGGAUAUCUUCCUGUGGAGCUUUCUGCUGUGGGCUGACACCGUAGAAAUGGUGCGUGUGGCCGGCCACCAAGCUGUGUACAAGUCAGACUGGGUGUACCCUGUCUACAUUUUCAGUUUCAUUUCUCUCCUUCGAAUGAUAUUCACACCUCAGAACCCUCUUCUACAUUCCCUGGGCAUCCUGCUCCAGGAUUUACCCUUCAUUUUUGUUAGACUUGCGUUAAUCAUUGACCUGGGAACUAUCACACCCAUAUUGGGCCUUUGUAAAAAUGUACUGGUGACUCUCUCUUAUGUUUACUUCAAUUACUUAACCAAAUUCAAGAUUUUCUCUACCUUUGAAUUGUCUUCAUUUUAAACAGAAAACGUAAUCUAGUCAAACCUCUUCAGUAUGCAUGUGUACACAUUUGUGAUCUUUUGUUUUCUGGGGCAUAGGUUUUUUUUUACAACAUAAGGAAAUGAAGACUAAAUUGUACAGAAUAGCCUAUUUUUAAUAACUAUACAUCAGUUUUUUUUAACGUGUAUAAAUGGUGCUAAAUUUAAGCAACUUUAUAUUCUUACAAGUUGACUCCCUUGGAUCUCUAGAAAAUAGUAGUAGCUAAUUUUAGUUAUGUAUACUGAACCAUUCUUAAAACACUCUUCAAUAAAGCCUGUAAAAUUUUUCCCACUAAGUCCAAAAUGAGAUUUUUAUCAUUUAUAUUAAAUAUUAUAUUAAAGACUGUCAUAAGAAUUGAAGAGUUAAAAUUAAUUUUUAGGAAGUACAGCUGGUGUUAUUGAAUAAUUUUUAGAUUAUAUUUUUUAAAAAUCUGAAAUUGUAGUUUUAGGAUUCUCUUCACUACAUUCCACUGUAGUGACUUUUAUAUAAUUGAUUGAUUUCAACAUAGAAAGCAAUUCAGUUUAACAGAUAUUUGGCUCAGUUUCUAGUACUGAAGUGGUAACAUGAAGAUUAAUAUAAUGAAGUCAAGGUACAUCAGAAAUACCUAGAUAAGAUUUUAUAAGAGGAAACUAUAAAUUGAAGAUGUAGAUUUUAAAGUAAAAGAAUAUUUUGUGGAAUUUGAUACCAUCAGAAAAAUAAACACAUACAAACUCUGUUUAAAAUUAGAAGUUCAACUUAAACACAUAUAACAGCAAAUGCGCUAGUGUCUAAUGUGAUCAUAUGUAAUGGAUAUCUCGAUGUUAAAUAAUUAGGUAAUUAUGUAAUUUGCCUUCACCAUGUGGAAACACUCUCACAUAUUCAUAGUAGGGGCUCUUCAUUUUAUAUGAAUUUUUGGUUGCUAGAAAAGUUUGUGAGAGGCUUAUGUGUGCAGAGUAAUGUUUUACAGCGCCAGCCUCUUAAUGAUCUGUGGGAACAGAUAGCUUCAGACAGGAUACCUGAACUUGCCCGCCACCCCCUGUUCUCCACCAAAGCUCCCAAUCUCACUGGUUCCUUGUGCUUUAUGGUUUUCCCUCACACUGUCAGAGAAGGUCUAUUCACAGUUGUUGAAAACUUAGCUUCUGGCUUUAUGACUUUGGGCGAGUUCUUUGUACACUGUAAGCUGCAGUUUCCACACCUAAAAGGUGAGCGUAAUAAUAGUACUGUAAUAGGCUUAAAUAGCACUUUAAUAGGCUUGAGAGGAUUAGAUGAGGGGGGCAAUGUUCUCAUCACAUAGUCUGGCAAACAGUAAUAACUCGAUAAAUGCUAAGUAUUUUAAUUGUACCAAAUCAAAGACAGGCAAGUAGCUAAAUGCAUUGUUCUAAUUUUCCUGUUUUCCGUAUCCCUGCUUACCUUCUAGGAAUAAUAAUUUAAAUCAUGUAUUUGUGAAAAUAAUAUGUACUAUCUUAAGUUUACCUCAGACUACAUUUCAUCAAAUAGCAUUAUGUUCAGAAGCGAGAAGUCUACUGAAUAAACAGAUUACAGUUGAUGUGAGUAUUCUUUCAUCAGGCAUUCGAGUGUCCCUCCUGUAAGUUCUCAUAGAACUCUAAUUAUAGCAUUUAUUAAGA